AUUCCAAAAUGUGAUAAAAAAAUAUCAUGUCGGGUGGCGCAGUAAUUUGCAGAUCCGAUUUUGGCCGGCACUAUACCAUAAUUUCUGGCCGAUCUUUAGGACACAUGAUUUGAGUUCCAACUCAGCGCCAUGUGUUAUGGAACUGGCAGUUUUUCCAGCUUGGAUGCCAAGUUAUUAUGUUCAAGGAUCUGGCCGAAAUUGUGAAAAAAAGUGGCCUAUACUGCGCCUUACUGCUCCGACCGAACAAUCCGAGCUUUCAGAGUUCCUCGACGCGCCCUCCGCCCUUUUUCACCCAGAGGCUGAAAAAGAUAAAAUGAAAGGCAAUCAGGUCAUUCGCUAUUCUGGUGAAAAAUACUUGUCGGAGAUCCCAACUCGAAAUAAUAUAGUUGCGGAAAAUGAUGAGGGAUUAACCGCAAUCCUUGAAGAUGCUCUAUUCAAUUGUCAGGAAAUACCAUUCAUGGCCAUCGACUGUGAAGGGUCAAGUCAAAAGAUAAAGGGAAAGUACUGCUAUGUACUUCGUCUCUAUGGUUCCCUUAUUAAUGGCCAAAAAGCGGUAGUAACCCUUUUUGGUAUUAGAGUAUUCUUUGACGUUCUUGUUCCAGAUGGGGAGUCUCCAGAUGAAUGCGAAGCGAGGAGGGAAGGAAAGAAUACCGACGAAGAGGGAACCGUAUGGGGGUCGGGUGAGGAAGUUGAGGAAGUAAAAGAAUAUUUGGGAGAAAAGAUUAUGUGGGAGGCUAUGGGUAUCGAUAACACACGUCCGAUUCAAGAAAUUGUUAAAGAUGUUCUCCGAGAUGCUAGAUUUAGACAGUGGGAUUUUAACCAGUUUAUUGCAAUGUCCAAAUGGAAAGCCAAAGGAGGUCUCCCAUGCAAUAAAAUCUUUAUGGAACGGAUGAGAAAAAGAAUAGCAAAUGGAGAAAAAAAUAUAAAGAUCCCUGACCCUGGUGAGCACUUUAGUUAUGUUGUAGUGAAUGAUGGUCCCCGCUAUAAAGAAGAUGGCACGAAAUCGACAAGGAAGGGCGAUUAUAUGGAGUUCGCAAAUAUUGCGAAAGAGUUUAAUAUGGAGAUAGAUAUCAGGUACUAUUUAGAACAAACUGUAGGGAUGUGCGCACGCUUCAUUAAUGAAGAUGAUAGUUUUCAACCACCCCUUUCAGAUAAAAUAAUGCAGAUUAAAUAUUCGGACAAAAGAGAAAAGGAGAUCGAUGAUUAUUCCCAGAAAAAAGCAAAAAACUGGCUUAAAAAAUAUAUAAAAGGUUUACAAUAA